CCCUCUCGGUGGCCGUGGACAGCAACAGGAACAAACAUGGCGGCGGGCGGAGGGGAGCUCCGCGGCUCCUGAAGGAAAACCGUUCGCCGCCAUGUACUCGGCCACCUCCUCUUCGUCGCCGCCGCCGCCGCCGCCGCCGCCACUCCUGUCACCCCCGCGGCGGGAUUUCAUCUCGGUCACGCUCAGCGGCGGCCAGUUCCAGGCGGCGGGCGGCGGCUACAACAACAGCAAGGCCUGGCGGCGGCGUUCCUGCUGGCGGAAAUGGAAGCAGCUGUCCCGCCUUCAGCGCAGCAUCAUCCUCUUCCUCUUUGCCUUUCUGGUUGUCUGUGGAAUCAGGACGUAUGCAAAUAUGGCUGACCCGUGGAAAAGUGCAACCAGUAGAUCUUUGGAGGAGCAGAAGGCUGACCUGGAGAUCCCUGGAUUGAAUCCAGCAAAUCAGGCCAUUCUCCCGAUACCCCAGAAAGCCGAUGCCAAUCUCAGGGACUUUUCACCUCAAAAACCUCCGAAACAGAUUCCUGCCCGGCGAGGGCCUCCGAAUCUGCAGAUCCGGCCACCUUGGAGGGAGGCGGAGGCCAAGUCCCCGGAAGAAGCUAUCGGAGCAGAGGGAAAUCCUGGCCAGGCAGGUCAGGUGCAUAACCUGGAUAAGCCCGUCAUUAGUUGGAGGGGAGCUGUGAUUGAGCCCAACCCGAGCCCCGAGCCGCCUUCCAAGAAAAUAAACCAUCCAGGCAGGCCUUCUGCCGUGGCCUCCGAAGACCAGAAAGAACCAGUGGCCCUCAAUAAUCGCCAGCUGGCGGUGAUCGAAGCCUUUCGCCACGCCUGGAAAGGUUACAAGGAGUUUGCCUGGGGUCAUGACGAGCUGAAGCCCAUCUCCAAGUCCUUCAACGAAUGGUUUGGCCUUGGACUGACGCUCAUUGAUGCGCUAGACACCAUGUGGAUCUUGGGCUUAAAGGCAGAGUUCAAAGAAGCCCGAGAGUGGGUGGCCAAGGAGCUGGACUUCAAGAAGGACGUGGAUGUCAAUCUCUUUGAGAGCGCCAUUCGUAUCCUGGGGGGCCUGCUGAGCACCUACCACUUGUCUGGGGACAGCCUCUUCUUGGAAAAAGCGAAAGAUAUCGGGAGCAGGCUCAUGCCAGCCUUUAACACCCCUUCCAAGAUUCCCUUUUCGGACGUCAACAUUGGGAAGGGCACAGCCCACCCCCCACGCUGGACCUCUGACAGCACUGUGGCCGAGGUGACCAGCAUCCAGCUGGAAUUCAGGGAGCUCUCACGCCUGACCGGCGAAGAGAAAUUUAAGAAUGCUGUGGACAGAGUGAUGAGACACGUCCACUCCCUCUCUGGCAAGAACGACGGCCUGGUGCCCAUGUUUAUCAACACCAACAGCGGGCAGUUCACCCAUCUCGGGGUUUACACCCUGGGGGCUCGAGCUGACAGCUACUACGAGUAUUUGCUCAAGCAGUGGAUCCAGGGAGGGAAGAAGGAGAACGAGCUCCUGGAAGACUACGUGAAGGCUAUUGAGGGCGUGAAGAUGCACCUGCUCCGGAAAUCCUAUCCCAAAAGGCUGAGCUUUGUUGGGGAACUCGCUCACGGUCGUUUCAGUGCGAAGAUGGAUCACCUGGUCUGCUUCUUGCCUGGGGUCCUGGCCCUCGGCGCUCACAACGGGCUUCCUGCAGAUCACCUGACCCUGGCGGCGGAGCUGGCAGAAACCUGCUACCAGAUGUACGUGCAAGUAGAGACCGGGCUGAGCCCCGAAAUCGUCCACUUCAACAUGCAUCCGCAAAAGGACCGGAAGGACGUGGAAAUCAAGGCCGCCGAUAGGCACAACUUGCUGCGUCCUGAGACGGUGGAGAGCCUCUUCUACCUGUAUCGGUUCACCGGCGAUAAGAAGUACCAGGAUUGGGGCUGGGAGAUCUUACAGAGUUUCAAUCAAUACACCCGGGUCCCGACCGGCGGCUACACGUCCAUCGACAACGUCCAGAACCCCAGCAAUCCGGAGCCAAGAGACAAGAUGGAGAGCUUUUUCCUGGGCGAAACCCUCAAGUACUUUUUCUUGCUCUUUUCGGAGGAUGUGAACUUGAUCAACCUGGACCAGUACGUCUUCAACACGGAGGCCCACCCGCUCCCCAUCUGGCCAUCGGCAUAAACCGAAGCCGGGCGUCUGCUGUUCCCAGGUAUCCUUCCGAAAACUGCUUCCUGCAUGGGUUCCUCUUCCAGUUGGAGGCCCCAGAGGACUGUUGACUUCAACUUGCAAGCAUAUUUGGGGUGGGGUGGGGGCCUGGAGGGCAAGGAAGCAGCGGGUCACAGAGCUUUUAUCCCCAGAGCGGAUUCUGCCCGCUAGGAUUUCUGUGACGCCUCUCGUGCUUGAAAAGUUCCCCCUGGAAAGUUGGGCUUAAAAACCGAGCAACUAACUACCCUUCUCUCUCUGGCUUUUAACUACCAGCCACAGAGGAAGCUGCUCACUAAAGGUGCGAACUCGGCUGCAUUUACACCGAAACAUGGAACAAAGGCUCGUUUCCUUCUGCUUUGUUGUGGUCUUUGUCUGUCAGGACAAGAGCAACCUGCAGGAUAAGAGGUGGUCUCUGGCCUGGGGAGGGGCUGCCCUUUCAUACCAGUCCUUCCGUUCUCUGUCUUUCCGCCCAUUCCUUAGCCUUCAUGGCCCUCCCUCCUUCUUUCCAGUCACUCAAUCUCAGCACUUUAAAGUGGGGGCAGAGAGAAGAUUCAUGGGACAAUCUUCCCCGGUUUUGCUGGGACUGAUUUUUUUUUUUUGUAUUUGGGGACCUCCCUGCGCCCUUCGUGCUUGCUGCUGCUGCUGCCUGGUCACAAUGCUGUUGCGGCUGGAACAGCUACUUUAAAUCCCAGCCCAGCAGAGGAUGGGGAGACUAACUGGCACAGAGGGGAGCUGCACCGCUGGAGCUGUGGGAGGGGAAAUCCCGGCGGGAUUGUUUUCUGCGAAAGUGGCUUCAGAGGGACUGGUGAUCCCGGUUCUUUUUUGUAUGCCACUCCUGACCCCCAAAAAAUGCAUAUUUCCCAAGACUCUGGCGUUUGGUGCUACCUAAAAGAUGGGACAGUGCAAUGACCAAGAGCCCGAAUGCAAGAAAACGGUUGCUUGGAUCUCUUGGCGCACGCCUCGAACUCGGUUCCUUCUCCCCUGCAAUAUCACAAGGUGGGUGACUCUCACAAAGGGAGAGAACCAAAUGCUUUGAACAGUGGAAGCACAAUAGUAUCACAAUAGGAAAGAUUUCUUUCCAAUCUUCUUACUGUAACUGUGGACUUCUGGAGAACUUCACUGUUGCCACGUUCUUGUAAAUGGUCUUUUGUUUGCUGUUGUGGCCACAAAGUCCCAACUGAAUUUGUUUUUUGGGGGGGGAGUGGUCCUGGCUUUCGAGGGGGUGCUUGCAAGGCACUAUUAUAUGGUUUCCUGUUCCCCCCCCCCUUUAAACAGACCCUGGAAUUUAAAAGCCAUACUGUAAAUCCCCAGUUUUGGGAGGCCGACACUUUACUUUGAACUGGUGCCUUCUGGUUUCAAGGGGAAAGAGAGAAGGGUUGGGAUGGCCACGUCCCUGAAGGCGAGCAUUUCUUCCAGCAAACAAAGCCUGGAGCUGGGCUGCAGACCCUCCGAGUCUCUUUCAGACAAGCCACCUAGGACGUUUGUUUCCUGGAUCCUUAGAUCCCGGGGAUGCUGAUGCUGAGAUCCUGGUUAGACAGUGAACAAUGCCCCACCCCACGCACAGAAUUGUUAUGCUAUUUUGUUUACCGGUGCACAAUCCUGAAUUCCCACUUGCCUCGGAGGCUGGAAUGUUGUCCUAAUUUUGGAAAUUUCAAGAGAAAUUUGCCACAUCAGGAAAACCUAGCUCCGUUUUCAUGUUUGUCUUACGCAGCCAAAUCGGGACACAUUCCGCGUGAUUUUCCUGCCAUCUUUAUCAUGGCCAGUUCAUCUCAUGUCUUAAGAGCAGAUGACGGAGUCUUAAAUGAUCAGGCAGCAUUGGACAAUUGGCUGUAAGCGGACCGGCAGGGAGGGCUUGUGGCUGUCAAACUUGGUAGAGAAGCUGGCUAUUGUGAGGAGCACCCUGUGUGCUCCCAUCAUUCCCUCUGCAUAAUUAUUUCAAAUUACCUUUUUUUCCCCCCUCCCAAGAAGAGGCAGCCUUGCUGAAGCCUUGUUGGUCCAAAGUAUUUGUAAAGUAGAAUGGAUUCCUUUUGCGAACGGUCCAGAAAUGUGACUUGCCUUUUUGCAAAGGGAAGGGAAAAAAUCUCCAAAAUGAAAGCGAAUCUUAAAAGUGAUUUUGGCUGGGAAGUUAAUCUGCAGAAUUUUACUCC